AUGACGCGCGCUCUUCGAAUAGUAUCAUCUGUUUCAAUCACUAAUACACAACCUACGGUCAUAUGUCUUCCUGGCAUAGAUCAUCAAAUAUUUUCUGAUAUUAACGAGCUUAAAAAUCAUAUGAUAAUUGAUAAGAAUUCAUAUUCUUUCAUUGUAUUACUUAUGAAUAUAAAUGAUCAAAAUUUGCGAGUACAAUUAGAAGAUUUAAAAAGACAACAUCAUGUAUUGGCUAUUUUUAUAUGCGUAAAACCAAGGUCUACUUUACGAUUUGAUGGUAAUAAUGUAUUUCCUGUUGUCAAAGAACUUAUGGCAUAUAAAAUUAAGUCAAGUGUUGUUCAAUUUUUUGAGGAUACAUCGAAAAAAUUAUUAGCUUUGAAUCAGAUUGCUUCUGCAUAUCUUUUUAGAGAGAAAGCUAGGUUUUUUAAACAACAAUGUAUUACAAAUGGAAAGAUUGAAGCUUGUCAUGUAUUAAUUAUUCCAUUGAAUACAACUGAUGAAAAUUUAUUUGACUUUCAAGAACGUCUUAUAUGUUUAUGUAAUGAUUUAUGUGGUGAUUAUGAACCAACAGUUUGUACGAUUUAUGAUUAUUUACCAUCAAAUGAAAGCAUCGAUUUUUAUGAAAAUCCCGAUGCAGAUAUUAUUUAUAAUUAUGUAAAAAAACUUUCACCGAUUCGAUUGUAUCUAAUUGGAAAUGAAACUUUUAUUCCAAAUUCAAUAAGUAAAUAUUUCUUCGAAAAUGAAAUAAAUGAUAUUGAUCAAAAUGAAUAUGAUACAAAAUAUUCACUUGUUGAAAAUCAACCAAUUGAUAUCCAUAUUAAAUUAAAUUUAGCAAAUGUACUUGAUAGUACACGACAAUUGGCAAAUGUGAUAAUAAAACAAUUAGAUCAUAUUGAAAAUGAUAUUAAAUUUCCUGCUGCACUUGAACGUGCUAAUGUUACUAUACAAGGGCGUGAAAUGGUUGCUGAUAUCGAACUGCAACAACGAGCUAUAGCUUGUCCAGAAAGUUCUUUCGGAUUUAGCACUUCAUUUCACAUGAUUCGACAAGCUGAUUAUGGUGCUACGAAUCAUAAUGAUGAUGGUAGUGAUAGUGAUAUUAAUAAUAUCAUUCAAUAUGAAUCUACACAAUCUUUAUCGUAA